AUGGAGAUGAUGUGGCCUGAAGCAGGGACAGAUCUGAGAGCAUAAAGAAGGAGAUGUUACUGGACAUGGGGAGCAGCUGGAUGUGGGUGAGGGAAGACCGGGGGUGACUCCAGGCCUUGGCUGGGUGACCGGUGGCCUCCCUGAGUAAGAGAAGGAGGAGUCUAAGCAGGCAAGAGGAGGCAUGGCUUCGGAUGCUAGUCACGCGCUGGAAGCUGCCCUGGAGCAGAUGGAUGGCAUCAUUGCAGACCUUCCGAAAAGGACAAAGCCUCUGGCAAAAUCCCCUGUCUCUGGGAGAACUGUGUGGCUGGAUCCUCGGGGCCCAGGAUCUACAGGCACAAAAACUGGUGCAGACAUUAGCGAUGGUACCUGUGAGCCUGGACUGGCUUCCCCAGCUUCCUGCAUGAGCUCCUUCCCAGUGCUGCAUCUUGUUGAGGACUUGAGGCUGGCCCUGGAGACGCUGGAGCACCCUCAGGAGAGGGCAGCCCUCCUGAGCCAGAUCCCAGGCCCCACAGCUGCCUACAUAAAGGAGUGGUUUGGGGAGAGCUUGUCCCAGGUAAAUCACCACGGUGCUGCUAGUAAUGAAACCUACCAGGAACGUUUGGCACGUCUAGAAGGAGAUAAGGAGUCCCUCAUAUUACAGGUGAGUGUCCUCACUGACCAAGUGGAAGCCCAAGGGGAGAAGAUUCGGGAUCUGGAGGUGUGUCUGGAGGGACACCAGGUGAAACUCAAUGCUGCAGAGGAGAUGCUUCAACAGGAGCUGCUAAGUCGUACAUCUCUUGAGACUCAGAAGCUCGAUCUAAUGACUGAAGUGUCUGAACUGAAACUCAAACUGGUUGGCAUGGAAAAGGAGCAGAAAGAGCAGGAGGAGAAGCAGAGAAAAGCAGAGGAGUUACUGCAAGAGCUCAGACACCUCAAAAUCAAGGUGGAAGAGUUGGAAAAUGAACGGAACCAGUAUGAGUGGAAGCUGAAGGCUACUAAGGCUGAGGUAGCUCAACUUCAAGAGCAGGUGGCCUUGAAGGAUGCAGAAAUUGAGCGUCUGCACAGCCAGCUCUCCCGGACUUCCGCCCUCCAUGGUGACCAUGUGGAGAAAGACCAAGAAAUUCAGCGUCUGAAAAUGGGGAUGGAAACUUUACUUGUUGCCAAUGAAGAUAAGGACCGCCGGAUAGAGGAGCUUACGGGGCUGUUAAACCAGUAUCGGAGAGUAAAGGAGAUUGUGAUGGCAGCUCAAGGACCUUCAGAAAGAACUCUCUCCCUCAAUGACGAAGAACUAGAAGGAGGUUUCAGAAAGUGGAAUGCUGCAAAUAAAGGCCCCGAAGAAUUAUUUAAACCAGAGAUGCCUCCAAGAUGUAGCUCUCCCAUGGCGGGGCCACCUCCGCUUCCGCAGAAAUCACUGGAAACCAGGGUUCAGAAAAAGCUCUCCUGUAGUCUGGAAGACUUGAGAAGUGAAUCUGUGGAUAAGGAUGGGCUUCUCCAGGCAGAGCACAAAUACCCCACGUCGCCUGGAAAGCUUUCAGGAGUCACACCCAAUGGAGAGGCUGCCAAAUCUCCUGCCACCUCCCCACCCGACUCCACAGGAAGCAGCCUGCUGAGGCUGAGAGACACGGAGAGUGGUUGGGAGGACACCGCUGUGGCCAAUGACUUCUCAUCCACGUCAUCUGGCACUGAGUCGGGUCCCCAGUCUCCCCUGACACCAGAUGGGAAACGGAGCCCCAAAGGCAUCAAGAAAUUUUGGGGAAAGAUCCGGAGAACUCAGUCAGGAAACUUCAACACUGAUGCACCAGGGAUCGCGGAGUUUCGACGAGGUGGGCUCCGGGCCACUGCAGGGCCAAGACUUUCUAGGACCAGAGACCCCAAGGCUCCAAAAUGUGACGCCAACGCCCCCUUCGCCCAGUGGAACACGGAGCGCGUGUGCACAUGGUUGGAGGACUUCGGUCUGGCUCAGUACGUGAUCUUCGCCAGGCAGUGGGUGACUUCAGGCCACACUUUGCUGUCAGCUACGCCUCAGGACAUGGAGAAGGAGCUGGGAAUUAAGCAUCCUCUUCACAGGAAGAAGCUGGUUUUAGCAGUGAAAGCCAUCAACACCAAGCAGGAGGAGAAGUCUGCACUGCUAGACCACAUUUGGGUGACGCGUUGGCUUGAUGACAUUGGCUUACCCCAAUACAAAGACCAAUUUCACGAGUCCAGAGUUGAUGGACGAAUGCUGCAAUACCUAACUGUGAAUGAUCUACUCUUCUUAAAAGUCACCAGUCAGCUACAUCAUCUCAGCAUCAAAUGUGCCAUUCAUGUGCUGCAUGUCAAUAAGUUCAACCCCCACUGCCUGCACCGGCGGCCCGCUGAUGAGAGCAACCUUUCCCCUUCAGAAGUCGUGCAGUGGUCCAACCACAGGGUGAUGGAGUGGUUGCGGUCUGUGGACCUGGCGGAGUACGCACCCAACCUUCGUGGGAGUGGCGUCCAUGGAGGGCUUAUUAUCCUGGAGCCACGCUUCACCGGGGACACCCUGGCUAUGCUUCUCAACAUCCCACCACAAAAGACACUCCUCAGACGUCACCUAACCACCAAAUUCAAUGCCCUCAUUGGCCCUGAGGCUGAGCAAGAAAAACGAGAGAAGAUGUCCUCCCCGGCUUACACACCACUGACUACCACUGCCAAAGUCCGGCCAAGGAAACUAGGAUUUUCACAUUUUGGAAACAUAAGGAAAAAGAAGUUCGAUGAAUCGACUGACUACAUUUGCCCAAUGGAGUCCAGUGACAGUGCCAGUGACAGUCACAGGGUCUAUAGUGGCUACCGGGGCCUCAGCCCCCUUGACACCCCUGAACUGGAUGGGCUGGACCAGAUGGCACCCUCGGAAGGCACUGUGACGCAGAUAGGGCUCCUCUCCCAAGACAUUCACCGCCUCACGACAAUGCUGAGCCAGGACCAGCUGCUGAACAACUCUUGCCUGGCCGCUCCCAACUCUGAGGACUGGAGGUGAACUUCUUCAUGGCUGAGAGCCCAGAGAGGUGUGUGUGGCGCCCCCGAGUGUCUGCUUCAGUGGGGAGCUGGCACACAGCCUCCCAUGAAGUCCAGCCGCGGAGGCUGGCGGGGCAUCUCCAACAUGGGCGCCAAAAGGAGUGGAGCAGAGUUGUGGGACAGACAUCCAGGAGGUGGCCCCAGCGUCCCUGCGUUUCCACCAGGCCAUGCUCUUCACUGCACCUUUUAUACCUUUUGUACUUUUAUACGUGGACAUCAGAGCACUUUUGUGGGGGGACAAAUGAGAUACCAGCACAACCUGAUGGCUCAGGCUAUUCCUGGGGACAGCUGGAAGAAUCUUACACCAAAGGAGAAGGGCUCUGCAUUCAUAAAUGCUCUGUGGGAAAAAAGUUCUGAAAACUGUUCUGAGUGUUCUUUGGUGAAGAGCUGGGGGACAUGAUAAUAGGGAGCCCCUUCCUGGCCUCCUUUUGCAUUUCCAUUCACAGGACUAGCCAGGGUGAGGGUAUUUCGGGUGAAAACAUUGGGGUCAAUGUGAAAACAUUGGGGUCAAUGUUUUCACCUGGACACCCAGCCCCUGAGCACAGGCUCUCCAGCACCCAUGCGGCUUCGCCUUCACCAGAGCCCACACCCUGAGCAGUCUCCAAAUUGUUCACGCGGCAGCUUCAGCUCAAUUGGCUGAUCAAAUAGCGCCCCCCAGUGGACACCACAAAUCAACAUUUCCACGCCAACUCUUGUCUUCCCAGCAAGCUUGUUCUCUCCCCUCCUGGAAGAGGCACCCCCAAACUCCAGCCAUACAUUCGCCCUCCCCAUCAGCCUUCCCCCUUAGU